UGUAACUGUCAGUGCAUGGAUCCUACCACGGCCGAGGAAUGGAGAUUAAGUGUGGAUUACCUCAGAAACAAGGCACACAGGACGAGUGGAUCAACGGUAGUAUGGUAUGAGCUAGUAGACUCCCCCUCGGCGCCAGAUGAGGAGCCGGAGGAGGAGAAAUAUGAGGUGGAAUUAAGGAGACGGAGGACUUCUGCGGAAAGAAAUGCUCGCCCGCGCCCUUUGUCACGCCUCCCAGAUGACCUGCAGAAGAUUGACGAGUACGAAGGGGACGAGGAUUCCAGACUAUCUCGCUCAGGGUAUAAUUUGUCCGGGUAUUUGUACAAGGUAUCCCUGACGACUAACAAGAAGCAUGUCCCGCCACUCAAGGGCCUCGGGAGCUCUCCCAAGAAGAGGUGGUUCGUGUACUCAGACAGCGUGUGCAAAUUGUACUACUACUACAAGAAGAAUGACUCAGAGCCCCUGGGCAUGAUUGAUGUAGCGCUGGCCACCUUCUUCUUUGACCCAGAGAACAAGAAUGAAGGGCAGUUUAGUAUUAGGUGGGGGAACCAGGAGAUGGUCUUGGAUGCAUCGUCAGUCCAGGGACGCAUGUACUGGCUGCAGCAACUCCAGGCUGCCCGCAGAGAGUACAGCCACCGCCGCACCAACACCAAGACUCCCACCAGCAGGACCACGACUACUGGGCGGCCAGAGUCUGGGCUAAUACAGCAGGACAACAGCACCAGCCCAGCAGAGUUCCCAGACCCCCACCAUGACCUGCAGAUGCCCAUGGUGCGUCCCACUGACCUGCUGCCUCGCCACCACACCACCCCUUUCUCAGAGGCUUUGCUUGGCCUCUCCAGCCUUCUGCCAAACACUCCUCGGAUAUUUCGAGGAACCCCCAGCAAUGAAACCCUCAAGUCACCCUCUAGUCCCACACCAACCUCGCGCAGUAAUGUCAAUGGCUCGCCAAUGGAGGACCUGAGCCUGGGCAACCUGCGUCAGAAAUUUAGGAGUUCCUUUAAAAGUCGGAAGCCUCAUGAGAAGAAGGAGGGCAGUGAGGCGCCCACCACUCCCAAGCCAGCCACCUGCAAGAAGUGUGAAGAGCUGCGAGGAGAGCUGAUGAUGACGCAGGAGGAGCUGACGGUGACGGAGGACAAGUACCAGGCAUCCAGGGAGGCAAUAGAGGUGCUGCAGAAGGAGCUGGAGGCACUGCAGCAGGAGAAGGCCACACUGAUCACGCUGGAUAGGAGUGACCUCACUGACCACCAUGUCAUUGAGAUCCUGCGAGGGAAGGACCGGCGCAUCAUCCAGCUGGAGCACGAGGCCCAAGUGUCCACCAACGCCAUUGCCCAGCUGGAGGAGAACCUCAGCAACGCCAAGGCACACCACGAGCACCUCAAUGAGAAGCUGUCCAUGCUCUACUGCUUGAUUGAGGCCAAGGACAAGGCAAUCGUCACCUUAACUCACCAGGUGGAUGAUGCCAAAUCCUCAACCACACCUGUCAUUUCCUCACUUUCCAACUCUUCCUUCUAUGUCUCCGCUGCCUCCCCACUCCCUUCCCCAACCUUCCCCACUCCCUCAAACUUUGUCACCCGCGGCACACAAACCACCGACACUGAGGAGGACGCCCUGAAGGAUGCAGUGGAAGCUUACAAGGCACAGAAUAUCUUCCUUAACAAAGAGAUUCUCGAGCUUCAUCUCCUUCGCAAGCAGUCGGCUGAGAGGGAGGACAGACUCAUUGCUGAGUCCAGUGAGUGGGAGGCCAAAUUCUACCAGACCCAGAGCAAAUACCUUCUCCUCCUGAACGAGCUGCACUCCCCCCAGGCCAACCAGCACGACCGCUCCAUCGUCUCCCAGCUCCUGCAGGACGUGGUGGGCGCCAAUGACCCGCCGGACUUGAGGGUGAUUCAGAGCAAAGGGCGUGAGUAUGAUGAGUAUGGCUUCUGCAUCACAGGGCCAGAUGAUGGUACUCUGGAGGCCAAGGCAUCCUUCCUCCAGAAACAGUCGCAGGCACUCGCACACCAAAUCCAGCAAGGUGGGGGUUCCUGGGAGAGCAAGUGGGAGAGUUUUCUGGCAGGAACGAGUGCCAAGGAGCUGCCCACCUGCACGGAACUCAAAUACCUGAUUAGAGGGGGCAUUCCUUACCAGUACAAGGGGAAGGUGUGGCGCCUGUUGAUAGAUGCUCGUGUAAACCCCCUGAGAGCUGCAGUACCUACCAACUACUACCAGGACCUGCUUGCCUGCCUCACCUCCUCAGCGCUGGACCCUGCCACCAAGCAGAUUGAGCUUGACCUGCUGAGAACGCUGCCCAACAACCGUCACUAUGAGGCCAUGCACUCCGACGGGAUAGCCAAGAUGCGGCGAGUCCUCCUGGCCUUCUCCCGCCACAACCCACGUGUCGGCUACUGUCAGGGUUUGAAUCGCCUGGCUGCCAUCGCGCUGCUGUUUCUCAAUGAGGAGGAUGCAUUCUGGUGCCUCAUCUAUAUUGUUGAGUACCUCAUGCCGCCUGACUACUACAACAAAAACCUCCUAGGAUCUCAGGUGGACCAGAGAGUCCUAAAAGAUCUGGUUGCUGAAAAACUCCCAAGAUUGAACAGCCACCUCACUCGUCAUGGCCUUGACUUCUCCCUCUUCACCUUCAACUGGUUCCUGUGUGUGUACAUUGACAUCAUCCCACCCAUCACCUACCUCACCAUCUGGGACUCCUUCCUGUAUGAGGGAUCCAAGGUUCUGUUCCGAUAUGCACUGGCAAUCUUCAAGCUGUGCGAGGAGGGAAUACUUGAGCGUGCCGACUACAUGGAGAUCUUCAACUACCUCCGCUCAGUGCCGGCUCCCAUCACUGACAUCCCAAAGCUGCAGGAGGCUGCCUUCCAGUGGGUCAAUCCUCUGUCCAUGCGGUACCUGAGGGCUCGCCGCGCCCACCACACUGCCAUUGUCAAGGCUGAGCUGGAGGAGGUGGAGGCGUACCGCAGGGACUACUACGCAUCGAAGGCUGCCAAGAAGUCCCAGGCAGGCUCUCCCUUACCCUCCACGCCCAUAGACUCCCCACGCACCACUGACGACGAAGGGGGAGGCGGGGGGGACUCCUGCUCCUCCCCGUCGUCCCCGCAGGCAGGUGGUGAGGAGGAAGGUGGCGUGGUUCAUUUCGAUGCCCUUCAGUCAGUGGUGUUUGAGAGGAAGGAAGAGGCGAGUCGAAAGAUUGAUGAGCCUUCCGUGGAGGCUUGUGAUAAGGGCAGGGAGUGAGGGCUGAGUUAUGGGAGAGAGAGAGAGAGAGAGAGAGUUGAGUUGAGUUGGUUUGUGUUGGUGUAGAUGCUGUUUACCUCAGAUUCUUGAUCUUUGAUGCCAGCCACUCCCUCUCUCUCUCUCUCUCUCUCUCUCUCUCUCUCUCUCUCUCUCUCUCAUUUUUUCUAGGUUUUGCUUCAUUGGAGAGUGAAUGAUGUAUCUAUUGUUAUUAUUAUUAUUAUUAUUAUUUAUUAUUAUUAUUAUCAUCAUCAUCAUUACUCUCAUCAUCAAGGAUCUGCACUUUUUUUUUUUUUUUUUUUUUUUCUUUGGCGCAUUUUAAUGGAGACAUUUUUAGCUUGAUGUCCUGAAAAUGAGAACUUUCUUAUUUCGACAUUUUCCUAUAGAAUGUGUUCCUUAUUUUUUUGGUGCAAUUGAAAUGUUAACUAUAUUAUAUAUGUACAGAUUAGUAUAUAUAUAUUUAAGCAAACAGCAUUAACUUGAGCAUAUUUAAAGGAAUUCUCACUGUGCUUAGUUACUUACCAAAAAUAAGAAGAAAAUAACAGCCAUGACUUAAGAUACAUGUCUGCCAUACCAUGUUACUAAUGUGUUACUCUAAUCAUUCUUCCUGUGUGUGUGGGAAGAAUUAUACAGCUUAGUGUAGCAUUAAUAGUCAGGAAGCUUUACCAAGGACACAACACUUGCCAUAUGUACCAAAGGACAGAGGGAAGGGAAGGCUCACACUCCUCUCUCGGUUCAUUACAUUUUAGCCAGAUAUCAGAGACAGGUCUGUUCGUGGGCAACCUCAGCUUCAGUAGAAACAGAAUAACCAGCGUUGAUACAAACAUCUUUAUUUCCUUAACCAUUUUCUUUCUUUCAUGUUUAUAUCAGAUUGAAAUGUCUCAUAUAAAGAUGGAAGGAAGAAAAUGGUUAAGGAAAUAGAGAUGUUGUUUGUGUCGGCGCUGGUUAUUCUGUUUCUACUUUAGCCAGAUAGCAAAACAUAGUCACGGGUUCUGAUGCUAACAAGAACACAGGUAUGGGCAAGGGAGCUUCAGGAAAUUGAGACCCCAUUACUUUGCCAUUUAUCUAAAGAACUAACUGGUAUUCCUUUCUGUAGAUCACCUCAUCUUGAUACCCAUUGAGGAGCACCCUGUAGUUAACCCUUUGAGCAGUUAAUGGAAUAUUUCAGUGUCUUUUAUUCUGAGUCGUGUUUUAAAACUAUUCCUCAAAAUUGCACCGAAGAAUUAUUUUAUAACACUGAAAGGAGAAGUCAUCAGUUCCUCGUUUUAUUUAUUUAUUUGCAUUGGUCAAAAUGGCUUUCUUUUAGUUUAUUUAAUUUAUUUUAUUUAUUUAUUUAUGUGCUCUUGGCCAGCCUUCUUCACUAAAACAGAUACAAAUAAACUAAUUACUAAAGCAAAAUUAGUAAAUAGAAAUCAUAAGGUCAUUUUAUUAUAUUAUUAUUUGUAUUUCCAAACAUCAAAUUUGUGUCUGCCCAUUUUUUCUGCUCUUUGUUGACCCUUUCAAUCAUAAGGAAUCAGUUUCAAAGAGCCAAAGGGUUAAGCCUUCCCUGUGUGAGUCCCAGUGAUGAAAAGGUUACUUCUUUGAGAUUACUGAUUUACCCACAUGAUAUUAGUUCACAGUAGCAAAACAGUUUCAUCACCCAUACCUUUACUGGUGUUUGCUGCUCCCAGGCUGACUCUCCAUUGCCUCUCUCAAACAUUUGCUGCAGAACAUUUCCAUAAACCACAUAGAAAUUUGCCACAUAAUCUGAUUAUUGAUUUACUAGACACAUUGACAUAAGAUUUUUAGCCACACAGAUUCGCCACAUAACCGUACCACAUAAUUAUUAGCCACAUUUCCACAAGAUUGUUAGCCACAUAUAAGUUUGCCACAUAACCUGACCACAGAAUUACAGAUUAGCCACCAGAUUGUUAACCACACAUAGAUUCACCACAUAAUUGUACCACAGAAUUAUUAGCCACAUUUCCACAAGAUUAUAAGCCACACACAUUCACCACAUAACCUGACCUCAGAAUUACAGAUUAUUCGCCACACUUCCACAAGAUUUGCCACAUAACUGCACCAUAUUUCCACAAGAUUAUUAGCCACACGUACAUUCACCACAGAAUUAUCACUCAAACUAACAUUUACCUUAUUGACCUUACCACAAAAUGCCGAACCUUACAGCAACAUUUAUCUCAUUACCUGACCACAAAAUGACAUGAUCUUGUACCUACUACUACCUGUUAAUUUCUCUUACUGUAGUACUUCAGUAGAAUACAAUGAUAUGUACAGUAGAUAGACAUUAUAUAGUAGUUACUUUUACUGAUAUUUAUUUUAUGUUGUCUCAUCCAGUUUGCUCUUGAAAGGAGCUGUUUAACCCCUUCAGUACUGUGAUGCUCUUCCAUAUUCUUUCUGCUUACUAUUUGAUGAUUUUAUACAGCUUCAGAAAGUUAUGUGGGGAUUGAAAUAGUGAAGACUGUGCCCAUUAAUCUUCUGACCUCCAUAGACUCUUCCUAAUGUCAAUAGAAUGGUCUAAUGAUACACAAAUCUCAAGGUAAAAAUGUGUUACAGUACUGAAGGGGUUAAGAAUGGCAUGCAGAUAUUUUCCCUAGUUUGUCCUAUAAUGGAGACCUCCCAUGCAAAUCUUUCACCUCCCAUGCACUGCUGCUCUCCCAUGAAGCCUCUUUUCUCCUUUUCCUUCCUUAAGUUUCCAAUAUUUCUUCCUCCAUUAGUAACUCACUCCUUUCUUGCUAUUCUUGUAUUCAUUAUUUUUCUUUCUUUUUCUCUUUGCUCCUCCUUUCCAGUUGUAUAUUCUUUCCUUUCACUGUAUUAGUUUAAUCCUUAAUUUUCCUUAUAUUUAUAUUAUUUACUAUUAUUGUGCUAAUUUCUAUUCUUUCCACUGCUUGCUUUUUUUUGUGUAUUUUUUCCUACCUUACUCAUCCUCCUUUUCAAUUUUGUGUAUUCUUAUUAACGUGAAAUACUUCCACUUUUAUGCUACUCUAUUUUCUACUUUAUUUCUCCUUUUGUUUACCACUAUUUACUAUUCAUUUACUAAUUAUUUCCUUUCUCUUGUAUCCUUUCUCUUUCAGCUAUUUUUUUUAGAUCCAUGACCUUAAUUUUCACUGUUGUCUACUCAAACUUACUAGCAGCACUUCUUGUUAUGAUCACUCAACUGUCACUCUUUCCUCCUUUAGUUCACCUCACUUAUUCAUAUAUUCCCUAUUUCCCUUUACAUUUCCUUUUCUCAUAUUAUUACUUUCCUUUUCAUUCCUGUGUACUCUGAUUUACUAUACUACUACUUUGUUCUGUGCAUCUCCCAUAAGCCUCCCGUACUAUAGACUUCCAGCUCCUGUGCACUCCUGCCAUGCACACUCACACCCAAUGUACCAGCCUUAGUCAGUCAUGCUCAGGGGAUCAUGAGAAAAGCCUUCUAUCUAUUGAAUAACAAGGCACGUCUACACACUUAGAUAGCCCAGAGCCUUAAGUCAUUAUUUAUUUAUAGUGCUUGCAUAGAUAUAGAAGAUAAUAUAUCAUGUAGCCUUUAAGGAGUGAAUAUGUCAAAAUAGUAGUUGAUGUAGUGUUGCAAGUCAUUUGCUUUCUUCCCUCCCUGCAACAGUGCUCUCUGGCCGGCAGGAGCGGUGGUGUCUUGCUGGUCUUUAUCUUUGUGAUGAAAUACAUGACUUCUGGUCCAGCCACAGAGAUUUAUCAUGUUUCCAUUUUGCAGAAAGCUGUGUUUUGUUGACACUUGAAAGAGUUGUUUAAAUUGCAGAGUUUUUAAGAAUUUUACAAUAUGUGUUGUGCUUUUCAAGUUUAUAUGAUGAGGAUUGAUUUUAUUUAACCAUUAUUUUCCAAGUAAGAGAGAAAAGUGGCUCAGUUAUCUAUUGAAGACCAGGCUAAGUAGUUGUUUUCAUGCUAUUAAAUGUAGUGUGUAUUAGUCAUUUAUGUAACUGAGUGAGUGACAGUAGCAGUGCCAGACUCUCACACUAUUCCCGCCGAUCACCAUGCUCAUGUAAGCUUUAGUUCCCAACACUGAUAGUCAGUGGCACCAGGCUGGAUGUGCACUGCUGAUCCUGUCACUACCUUGCAUGUACUGGUUAUCAAUAUACACAUCUACAUACUGGUGAAAUUCUACAGAGUAUUUAUUAGAGCUCUAUUUUUUGUAUUGUCAAAGCCAUAGAAGAUAGAAGUGGAUACAGUGUUGUGUUGCUCACCAUUGUACUCUUGGAAAUGCUGACCUUUGGAGAAAUUGCCAAGCUGCUGCCUGCCUUUCUCAUUGGAGUUACUUUCCCAUCCUCCUUGUCUUCAUGUCCUUAGUUACAUCACCCCCAGUUACCUCACCUCUUGAACCUUCCACUGCCAUAGUCUUUCUUUUUGACAUUCACAGUUUUAUGAAAAAGCUGCUUACAUGAACAUGAACACACUGAAAGAAAAGAGAAGAUUUUAAUUUACUGUAGCCACACCUCUUAACUUUCUCUGCUGUGGCCUUCCUUUGUUAGCAUUCAGAGUGCUGUGAAAGACUGCUCAUAUGGACAAAGAAAGGAAAGGGAAUAGAAUUUAAAUUUGGUCUUUUCCAGGCAGCACACUAUUUUUAAGAGACUGCAGUGUGUCCAGAGUGUCGUGGGUGUUAAUGGGAAAGAUUGUGUAGUGAUGAAAAGAUUAAAUAACUCCUUCCAGGUGUGGAAAAACCAUCCUGGUUUUUCCACACCUGUCACAGUACCACCUUCCCUCCAUUGCUUUAGUUACUCUUACUGUGCCAUCUCUCCUGUCUACUUUCAUCCUCAGUGCCAAGUGACAUCUGAUACUGUUUUGCCUCAGCAGAACAGCUUGGCACUUCAGCAUUUCUUGGCUGUGCAGUGAAUGAGUGACCAUACACAAACACAAAAGAGUAUUAAUAUAUUGCCAAAAAUGAAAGUAUAGGUAGAUGCAGUAAUGAAAAAAAAGUAAUAUAGCUGCUCUGUGCAUUGUGUUAAUUAAGCUAAGCACAAAUAUUGCCUCUUAGUAACAGUAGUACACAGGAAUUAAAGUGAUGACUGCAUGUACUUGCAUAUAACUUCACUUUAUGCCAAAUAUGUAAGUUUCCUUCACAUACUAUAUAUAGUAAUUAACAUUAAUAGUACCAAUACAAUGUACGUAGUGAUUAAGACACACAUACUUAUAAUAUUAUAGAUAUAUAUGCAUAGUAAGUAUUAUUCCUGUUGUUAGAAGGAGAGGAGAGUGUGAAGGAGGAGGAGGAAGAGAAGAAGCAUUCCAGUCCCGUGCAAGUGAUCAGAGGAAUUCUGUUACAUUCCGCACUGUAUCGGUGGUGUCUGUGAGGGAUGAAGGUGGUGUGUUGUGGGAGACAUGACCACAUUAACACAUUAACACAUCAGGAAAUCAACUUAUCAACAUACAUCACAUCAGUAAGUCAACACAUCAAAACAUCACAGCAUAUUAACACAUUAACACAUUAGGAAAUCAACUUAACAUACAUCACAUCAAUAAAUCAAUAAGUCAACACAUCACAGCAGCACAUCAACACAUUAACACAUCAGGAAGUCAACACAUUUGAACAUACACCACAUCAGCACAACUCAAUAUAGCUCAUCAGCACAUCAACACCUUCAUCAACAGGGGAUGUGUUGCCAGGAUGAGUUUGUUGCACAGACUGAGAAUCCUUUAUCUGAACCUCUAUAUAAGUGUCUGACAGCUAACAUUAUACUUUCCUCCCAUUUUUACGCUACUGAAGCACUGAAGCAGGACGGGGAUGUAGAUUAUAUUAACUAUCAAAUUAUUACAAUGCUCAGUGCUUUGUAAUCCACUUGAUGUUUUAUUUUCAGUUUAGAGCCUAGUUAGGAAGGUAACAUACGAAACCUCAGUGUAAGUUAAGUCUGGAUAAAUCAGUGUUAAGUCCAGGAAGAUUUCACUGAUUGCUGUUUCUUAUCUGACUUAUGGUACAGUGUUUUCAGUCAUAAAGAACCCUUAGGUAAGAAAAGUGUUUGGAUGCAUUAGUGUUCUUCCCAGAAAAUACUUAGGAACAUGUAUUAACAAUAGUAUUUCAGGUGAAGUAUCAAAGUAUCACAUGUUUGGUGCUUCCUAUUUCACUGAAGUAUAUUUUGAAUUAUGAGUGAAUAGGAACAUAAGUAAGCAAAUUGUGUGGAUGCAUAGAUAUCAAAUCCUUGAAGAAAGGUUUAGGAAUGUGUCUAAAUAUUACUGUGUUCUAGAUUUGGGAUUCUCAGUGUGUGCUCACCCCUCACACCCACCUUCUCUGUGCUGCCUUGAACCAGGAGAGAUUAGGUAACUUCUCACAUUGGAACUGUCAUAAUUUAUUGCGCAAAGUCAGAAAUUUUAUAUAUUAAAAAUUUUCUAAUAUGUCUGUAAGGAAAAAUUGUUCUCAAAUCUAGAGCCUCGUUCUAUUCCGGGUUUGUUGUGAAUGUCUCCAGUUGCUGUUUAUUGCUGAGGUUAAUGCUAUUGGGAGUUGAAUGUCACUUGUGAGAGUGUCUUAGUAUUAGUGAUGCCGAGGAUAAACUGAAUGGGUGCCACAGUGCCUGGUGCUGUAGGUGCCAGUGAAGUGCCUUCUGAUUAUGUGUGCUCAUCAUUCCUUCUGCAACUCGUGGUUCUCAUCAACUUUGUGAUGCAUCCUUUCUCUGAGAGACAGAUUUGAUUCUCCGAUGUAUCGCUGUGAUUGACUGAGGGACGUGAUGGUCUUUACUGAGGUCAGUUGUCACAGUAAUUUUACUUAUAACAUGAUGCAGUCACUCCUAACCUGGAUGGGGCUGUAAGGUUAUGGCUGGAAUACUUUAUGCUCUGUAAAGGAAGGAAUAAUGUAGAUUUCAUAAAAUAAGUAUUAUUAUUGAUGCAUUGUGAAUAACGGACUAAGUGGUAAACAUGUCGUAGACUUAGAAGAUGGAAGUAUACAAAUACGUACAUGUGUAUUUGUGUUUAGUUCUUAAUAUAUUAAGGACUCACAUGUGAAUAGAAAGUGUCUGUUACAGAGUGACCACUCAAGGGUAUAGACCCUGAGAGGAUAAGAACCAUUGCUGUGCAGGGAUGUAUUUCUCGCAUAAAGUGUGUGUGUGUGUGUUUAUGUAAGGUAGGUGGGUGCUGUAUGUUGGUGAAGGCAAGAUUUCUGCCUUCACCAAGACAUCCUCAUUGUGUGAGUGCUGACUCAAGCAUGCUAUGGGAUGCUGAACUCAGUGAAACUCAGUAUUCAUUAGGUUGAAGAGGCAGAUCUCGAUUCCAAACACACAGAUCAUCUUUGCAUUCUUGUUUGAAUAGCAAAUGUAUUCUCAGUUUGGUUUCCUGUGAUGGUGGUGAGGGUGUCAGCUGCAGUGACAUGAGAAGUUGUGUGAAUGCUGGUUGGUGUCAAGUGUGGUUUUGACAUUCCAGGCAGUGUAUGAUGGAGAUGUGGAAGGUUUAUGUCAGUAUGAUAAAGAUGAUAGAUAAGGAACAUACAGGGAGAAAGAUUAUAGUCAAGUAUUCAAUGUACCAAGAAAUAUGUAGUUUAGAUAAUAGUGCUUGUAGAUAGGAAGACUGAAAAGGUGUUGGAAUUAUUUUCCUAACUUUAAUCUGUUGUGUAAGUGUGGAACCACAAAUGUAUGCCACAUAUAUUAAUGCUCACAGAAUUUUAAUUUUCAUCACGUCUCUUCCUCCUGUGAAACAUCAACUACUGAGUCCCCGAACAUCCUUGCAAAUUUCUUUCCUGCUUCUCUGUUGCUUUUGUCCCCUCAUGCAUCACACUUCCCAGUGGACAUAUUGCUUCAAAAGACUCGUUGUUAUUUGUUUUGGAAAAUAUACAUACAGUAAGUAGAAUCUGAUUAAUUUUUGAUAUGACUAAUAUAAAAGCUUCACAGCAUUCAAGAAUCUCAUCUUGAACAGGGCUAACACAUGAGCAUGAGGAGAGAAAGGCAACAUUGUGUGGGUCAAGUUCUAGUCAAUCAGCAGAGUGUUGUUACACAUCAGUACAGGUACUAAUAAUGAAAGACUUCUCAUGGUGUUUGGACUUUCUUGAAUAUACACAGGUAGUUUCAGUUUAUUCAGUAACAUUUUAAAUUUACUGUACAAUGGUCAAGAGAAUAGAUGCAGCCCUGCCUCACCUGACACAUAGCCAUUUAAGAUCUGUACUGGGGAAGUUGUACAAGUGAGUGACUGUUGACGGUGUGGAGAACUUGCAGUAUUAACAUUAGCAGUAUUUGGUGGCUGUGGACCAGAGGAUGAACUAGUUGGUUUGAAUUUCAUAAAAGUUAGGAGCAUUGCAGUAUUAAAGUUCCUUGUGCUUAGUGACUAGCAAGAUUUGAGUUGAUUGGAGCUCAACACCACAUUAAUAGUCCUGGGCAGUGCCAUAUGACUCAUUGCUGCAGCUUCAUAAGUCAUUCUGUUAGCAAAUUCAUUUCCACGUUGUUUUAUUCUAGUCCCUUUUGAUUGAAUUCAUAGAUAACCCUAACUGUCAGUCUGGCCUGCUUGCCAUGCAUCACCAAUCUGAUGCAGUUCUUCAGUCACACAGAUAUUGGUAAUACCCUGCUCUGAACUUCCACCCGAGCAGUGAGGGAUCAGUCCACCUUACUACUGAACACGAGAAAUUAAAAGAACAGAUUAUGAUGCGUUAAUUUGCCUCGCCUUUUAAUUCCAGUAUGGUAAGGUGACCAAGUAAUGUACUGUUUAUUUACUUCUACUUUUUACAUAUUGUCAAUAAAAAUUUCUCAGACACUCCUCACAAAAUAAGGAAAUUGGUAGGUUCUUACAGACCAGAGGCUUUCAGAUUAAGGGAAAGCGUAACAGUAAAAGUGAUUGCAUUGUUUUACUCAGCUUCUCACCUAAUUCCACUAGUUUGACUCUGCUACAUUGUUAUUACCUGUCUCCAUUGUGAUGUAUAGAGAUGAGAGUGUGGCAAUGAAGCAGGGAAAAAGAGUCUUGCAUGACCAUUGUUUAGCCCCGUGGUGAGUCAUCUUUAUCCUUUACCAGAUGAUCAUCAGGCAUAUUCCAUGUGGCAGGAGGCAGGGCAUGUUCUCUGGCCAGCUAUUGUGUUUGAUAGGUGAAAAAAGGAGCCUCUCUAUUAAUUUUUGGGGAACCAGGCUGUGACUGUACGAUUUCUUUGUAGGUUUUUCUGUUCCCUCAGCCAUGUGAAUAUUGUGAAAGGAAAUGUAUGAGAUUCCACGCCUGAGUAAUACUGUCAGUUGUGUCCUUCACUGACAGACAUAAGCUAAUCAUAAGUUACUGGUGAAUAAGUUAAGAGUUUGUUCUUUGAUCUGAGCUUGAUCAAAUUGGGUUUACAAGAACAGGUAUUUGUAAGUCAUUAUGAAGGAAUAAAUGGAGAUUUGUACCCUG